UGGAUACAGGACAAGUACCCACCAGCUCUGCUGCUGGAAGCCACUUUCUAAUCUUGGAGGUGUUCGAGGUCCAUGGAAGUCCCUGUGUCCAAGGAAUUGUGCCAGAAUCACCCAGCAUCAGGAUCCCCGAUCACCACCUCUGUGUGCCCUCUGGGCCCCCAGAAACUCCAGAAAGAAACUAUACCACCCUCUGCUGGCAUCGCCCCGGGCACACACAGAGUGUUCCUCCCAGCAGCCUUCAGGUCAGGCUAUGGCAGGUCCUACCAUCCAGAGGGACAUAGAGAAGAGUUCAGGAUACUGUGAGGCCCCAGAGAAGCUGGGCCUGUCUUUCUCCAUUGAGGCAAUUCUGAAGAGACCCACAGAAAGAAGAAAUUUGCCCAGACCACAAAGCCUUGGUGGUGGGGACUCCAGGCAGACCACUACCCCAGGUUCUAAGUUGGAGAAGCCCACACAGGAUCAGCCCCAAGAGGAAAGAAAGAACAAGCGGAGAGUUCGGACUACCUUCACCACAGAGCAGCUACAGGAGCUGGAGAAGCUCUUCCACUUCACCCACUACCCCGACAUCCAUGUCCGGUCCCAGCUGGCUUCCAGGAUUAACCUGCCCGAAGCUCGAGUACAGAUCUGGUUCCAGAAUCAGAGAGCCAAGUGGAGGAAGCAGGAGAAGAGUGGGAGUGCCCCACAGCAGCCUGGUGAGGGUCCUGUGCUGACGCCCACUGCUCUGCCCACAUUGGUGCCACCCACAGAAUGCUACCUCCUCUCUCAGACUCAGCUCGCUUCAAGUUGGUUCCCUGCCCAGAUUCCCCUUGUCCCAUGGCACCCAUGGGACCUGCAGCCCCUGCCUGGCCCUCUCACCCAGCAGCCUUGUGUCCCUACCUUCAUCCUCCCACCCCCAAACCCCAAGUGGGGCAGCAUCUGUGCAAUGCCAACAUAGGAACUGGUUUCUCUCUUCCCAAGCAAGCAACUCUCCUCCCUCAGUGAUGGCUGACAGCCCUGGACCUCAGAGAAAAUCACUUCUACAGUCCAUCAAUGGCCCCCAGCUGAGGAAGCUACCCAGAGCUUGCCAUUAAAGACUGUACCAACCAUGGACGACAGCCAAGGACAGCACACAUCUCACCAGC